UGGAGGCGGCGGCGGCGGGAGAGGGGGGUUCUGCUGAGCGGCCCCGCCGGGACGGGACGGCUCGGGUCGGGCUCGGCUGGCCCCGCAGCCGCUCCGCAGAGCCCCGCCGCAGCGGGAGCGGGUGUAUGCCGGUGACUUCGAUUUAUUUUUUUUAAAUAUUUUUUUUAAUUAUUAUUUUUAUUUUUUUUUAUUAUUUUAUUUUUAACGCGUCUCCGGUCUCCGCUCAAAAUGGCUGAGAGCUGACUCGGCUCUCUCGGAACAGCACGCUUCGGCCGGCUCCUCCCGGCUGCCCGCCGCCGCCUCGCCCCUUCCCUUCCCGGCGGGGCCGGACCGGGGAAGGCUCCCGGACACCGUCCCUCUGCUCCGCCGCAUUGUUGCCUCCCCCCGGCCGGCCAUGAGACCGGGCUAGGUCGGUGUGUGUCGUGUCCUCCUGCCCCCUCCCGCCGGACGCCUGUCCCCCCCCCCCAGCCCCGUGGGAAGCCGGAGCAGGUUGAUCGGGGGCCGCGGGGUUUCGCUCCCCUUUGGCAAAGCCCAUCCUCUGCCAUCCCUGCGGGGCGCUGGACGAGGCUGCGCGGCGCUGGGGUUUGCUCUGAAUGACCGAGCUCUCCCAUUCAAGACCUCGCAAUCUCGAAGCAGGCGAGAGACUCCGAUUCCCAACUCCCAUCGGGGGAGAGGGAGGAGAAAUACUGGGGAUAAAAAAAAAAGAGACCCUGAGUGAGCGAGCGAGUCCGCGCUCUCAGCUGUUAGCCAGGUUGGUGGGGGACAAAAGUCCCUUUAAAAUAUUGAAUGUCAGUUGCUAAACCUAAGAAAAGAAAAAUCUGAUCUGGAGCGCUAAAUUUAGGAGCUUUAUAUGGAACUUGGACUCUGCUGCUGGAUUUUUUAUGGAUUUUUUUCAACCUUUGGGAGGACAGACCCCGGCGUCCGCCCCUAGACCGCACUGAGCGACCGAAGCGGGUUUGGGGGGGGGGUUAGAACGUCGCCAGAGGCUGCCGGCAGAGAUGGCCGAGAAUUGGAAGAACUGCUUCGAAGAGGAGCUCAUCUGCCCCAUCUGCCUGCACGUCUUCGUGGAGCCGGUCCAGCUGCCCUGCAAGCACAACUUCUGCCGGGGCUGCAUCGGGGAGGCGUGGGCCAAGGAGUCGGGCUUGGUGCGGUGCCCGGAGUGCAACCAGGCUUACAACCAGAAGCCCAACCUGGAGAAGAACCUGAAGCUCACCAACAUCGUGGAGAAGUUCAACUCCCUCAACCUGGAGAAGCCCCCCUCAGUCUUACACUGCGUCUUUUGCCGCCGGGGCCCGCCGCUGCCAGCCCAGAAGAUCUGUUUGAGGUGCGAGGCUCCGUGUUGCCAGUCCCACGUCCAGACCCACCUGCAGCAGCCCUCCACGGCUCGGGGCCAUCUCCUGGUGGAGGCGGACGAUGUGCGGGCCUGGAGCUGCCCCCAGCACAACGCCUACCGCCUGUACCACUGCGAGGCCGAGCAGGUGGCCGUCUGCCAGUUCUGCUGCUACUACAGCGGGGCCCACCAGGGACACUCGGUCUGCGACGUGGAGAUCCGCCGCAAUGAGAUCAGGAAGAUGCUGAUGAAGCAGCAGGACCGCCUGGAGGAGCGGGAGCAAGACAUUGAAGAGCAGCUCUACAAGCUGGAAUCGGACAAGCGGCUGGUCGAGGAGAAGGUGAGCCAGCUGAAGGACGAGGUGCGCCUGCAAUACGAGAAGAUGCACCAGAUCUUGGAUGAGGACUUGCGGAAGACCAUGGAGAUCCUGGACAAGGCCCAGGCCAAGUUCUGCAAUGAGAACGCGGCCCAGGUCCUCCAUCUCAACGAGCGCAUGCAGGAGGCCAAGAAGCUCCUCAGCUCUGUCCAGGUGAUGUUCGACAAAACUGAGGACAUCAACUUCAUGAAGAACACCAAGUCUGUGAAAAUCUUAAUGGACAGGACCCAGAACUGUACAGGUGGCAGCCUGCCCCCACCCAAAAUCGGCCACCUCAACUCCAAGCUCUUCCUGAACGAGAUUGCCAAGAAGGAAAAGCAGCUCAGGAAGUUGCUGGAAGGUCCUCUGAGCACCCCUGUCCCCUUCCUGCAGAGCAUCCCCAUGUACCCCUGCACUGUCAGCAACUCCGGCGCGGAGAAGCGCAAGCACUCCACCGCCUUUCCCGAGGGCAGCUUCCUCGAGCCAUCGUCCGGGACUGUGGCAAGCCAGUACAUGAGCCAGGGCGCUUCGGCUGGCGAGGGGCAGUCCGCACAAGCCAUGGUGCCUUGUAGCUCCACGCAGCACAUAGUUGGACUUCCCAGCGGCCCGCAGCCGGUGCACUCGGGCUCCGUCUUCAACCCAUCUCACUACCCCAACACCACGUCAUCUCAGCAGUCCGUGCUCUCCCAGUACGGCGGGCGCAAAAUCCUCGUCUGCUCCGUGGAUAACUGUUACUGUUCCUCCGUGUCCAACCACAGCGGGCACCAGCCCUACCCGCGGUCGGGGCACUUCCCCUGGACGGUCUCAUCGCAGGAGUAUUCCCACCCGCUGCCGCCUGCCCCUGCCGUCCCACAGUCGCUCCCCGGACUUGCCGUGAGGGAAUGGAUUGACGCAUCCCAGCAGCACGGGCGGCAGGAUUUCUAUAGGGUGUACGGCCAGCCGUCGGCGAAACACUACGUCACCAGUUAACCAUCACACACGGCCCGCUCCGUGGCGCGCUCGGAGGGAGAAGUCUGGUUUGGUUUGGCUUUUCUUCCCCACCACCACCCCCUUUGAAAUCAAACCCAAUGUUUUCCCCGCCUCCCGCCCCUCCAGGAUUUUGGGGAGGGUUGUUCCCUCAUCUCCCUCUCUCUUUUUUUUUUUUUUAAUUCCUUUUAAAAUGAAAUAAUAAUUUUUUUUUUCCUUCUAAUUCCUCUUUUUUUUUUUUUUUAAUUUAAUUUUGGAAAGUCCUUCCCGCCCCUCGCCGGGAAAAGACGAGGGAGAAAUUAUUGAGAAGAAAUUGAUGGGGAUUUCAGUCAGGCAUCUGGGUCUGUGCUCUUCCUUGCUCCUCUCUACCUUUGGAAAACUCCAGAAGGGACAAUGGCACCUUCUCUUUUCCCACAUCUCCAAGUUCGUUUUUAUUCUGGUUUGGUUCCAUUUUUCCCUCUUUCCCCACCCCUCUCUUUCCCUUUUUAAAAAGAAAACCUCCCAGCAUUGAUUCCAUAUGAAAUGUAGAUUUUGGGUUUGUUACCUUGGGUUUUUUUGUUUGUUUUUUUUUUAUUUUAAAAGGCUGAUUAUUUUUUGUUGUGUUACGAGGCCACUUCUCAUCCAUAUUGGCAUUUUUUUGUUGUUUUCCUUCUUUCAGAGAUUUGUAAAUACACGAUGGCAGGAAAUUUAAUGCACAAAAGAAAAAAAAACCAACAAAAAACCACAAAAACAAAAAAAAGGGAAAAGAAACUUUAAAAAAAAAAAAAAAAGAAAUCACGAAUAAAUAAAUAAACCAAGAACCUGUUCUAGUUUUCGGGAGGGGCCGCGUGGCCCAGCGCCCCCCCUCCUGCCUAUCGCUGAUGCAACUUCCUGUAACAAGCACUUUGUAUAAAAAGAAAGUGGACUUCCUGCUAUAAGGCACAGGUAUUUAUUCUGUAACCGAUUUUAGAACACACACACACACACACACACACAAAAUACUCAAAUAAAUGUGAUCACUUAGUGCAAA